AUGGCUCCGAUUACAGCCAGCCGAGAAGAAUUUGUCUCCCUCUUUGCUUGGAUCUGCUGCCAACGCAAAUCUUCCAAAUCAAAUAAGACCCCUCCUUACAAAUUUGUCCAUGUGCUGAAAGGUGUUGAUAUUUAUCCUGAGAACCUCAACAGCAAGAAGAAGUUUGGUGCAGAGGACAAGGAGGAAGCCAAGAGCAAGCCAGUGGUACCAAAAACCUCUCUCCACCUUGACCUAGAGAAGCGAGAUCUGAAUGGCAAUUUCCCCAAAACAAUCCCUAAAAUACCAAGUUCCUCAGAUCUUGAGAACUUUACUCCAAAGCUCUUUCCUGAGAGAGAGAAAGAUUCAAUAUCUCCUGAUAGCUUGAAGUCCACUACUUUAAUUUCUUCUGAAGAGAAGCAAGAUAAAUUAGGGACUCUCUUCUUCUCCAUUGAGUAUAACUUUGAGAAAAAGGCUUUCAUGGUGAACAUCAAGGAAGCACGUGGCUUGCCAGCCAUGGAUGAGCAGUCAAUGACUUCUGAUCCGUACAUCAAAAUGACAAUAUUGCCUGAGAAGAAGCACAAGGUGAAAACUCGAGUACUGAGAAAAACAUUAGACCCAGCUUUUGAUGAAACCUUCACCUUCUAUGGGAUCCCAUAUACUCAAGUUCAAGAUCUGAGCCUUCACUUUAUGAUCCUGAGUUUUGACCGAUUUUCCCGAGAUGACAUCAUUGGAGAAGUCCUCUUUCCUCUGUCAGGAAUCGAGUUGACUGAGGGAAGGAUGCUGAUGAACAAGGAAAUCAUCAAAAAGAAUGUUAGGAAGUCCUCUGGGCGUGGAGAGCUGCUGAUUUCUCUAUGUUACCAGUCCACAACAAAUACUCUCACUGUGGUUGUUUUAAAGGCCAGACACCUAUCCAAAACUGAUGUUUCAGGAUUAUCAGACCCCUAUGUCAAAGUGAACCUCUAUCAUGCCAAGAAAAGGAUCUCCAAAAAGAAAACCCAUGUCAAGAAGUGCACCCCCAAUGCAGUGUUCAAUGAACUCUUUGUCUUCGACAUUCCUUGUGAGGGUCUCGAAGAGAUCAGCAUUGAAUUCUUGGUUUUGGAUUCAGAUAGGGGAUCCCGGAAUGAAAUCAUUGGCCGGUUAACCUUGGGGGCUUCUGCAGAAGGAACGGCCGGAGAACACUGGAAAGAAAUCUGUGAAUACCCUAGGAGACAAAUUGCCAAAUGGCACAUGUUGUGUGAUGGCUAA